CGGCGCUCAUGCACAGCAGAGAGCGCUAGGAGCCGGAGGGGAGCGCAGCGAGUCCUGGCCCGUGGUCGUGCAGUCCAGGGGGCUUGGAUGGCAUGCUGGACCCAAGCUCAGCUCAGCGUCCGGGCCCAAUAACGGCUUUUCCAAGGCAGCAGCUUUCUGUCCUGGCCCCACCGAGGUGCACAGCGUAAUGUCCAUGUUGUUCUACACUCUGAUCACAGCUCUUUUGAUCGGCACCCAGGCAGAAGCCCACCCCGAGAGCCAUGUCCCAGCAGGACACGCCAUCCCCCAAGCCCACUGGACUAAGCUUCAGCAUUCCCUUGACACAGCCCUCCGCCGAGCCCGCAGCACCCCGGCAGGGGCAAUAGCUGCCAGGGUGGCCGGGCAGACCCGCAACAUCACUGUGGACCCCAAACUCUUUAAAAAGCGGCGACUGCGCUCACCCCGCGUGCUGUUCAGCACGCACCCCCCGCCUGUGGCCGCAGAUACUCAGGAUCUGGACUUGGAGGCGGGCGGAGCCGCCUUGGCCAACAGGACUCGCAGGAGCAAGCGGUCGUCAUCCCACCCUGUCUUCCACCGGGGCGAGUUCUCGGUGUGCGACAGCGUCAGCGUGUGGGUGGGGGACAAGACCACCGCCACGGACAUCAAGGGCAAGGAGGUGAUGGUCUUGGGGGAGGUGAACAUUAAUAACAGUGUGUUCAAACAGUACUUUUUUGAGACCAAGUGCCGGGACCCCACGCCCGUGGACAGCGGGUGCAGGGGCAUCGACUCCAAGCACUGGAACUCGUAUUGUACCACCACCCACACCUUCGUCAAGGCGCUGACCAUGGACGGCAAGCAGGCUGCCUGGCGGUUUAUCCGGAUCGACACGGCCUGCGUGUGCGUUCUCAGCAGGAAGACUGGGAGAAGAGCCUGACCUGCAGGACGGCCCCCACCCUCCCCGAGCUCCCCCUCCACACCCUCCUGGGCCCCUCCCUACCUCAGCCUGUAAAUUAUUUUAAAUUAUAAGGACUGCAUGGUAAUUUAUAGUUUAUACAGUUUUAAAAAAUCAUUAUUUAUUAAAUUU